GAGUGAAAUGAAGGGAAAAUCCUACCUAUAUAUUCGCACAUAUACUCUCGUUUCACUUUCCUUACUAGCUGCUGGCCGCUGUUUGUUUCUGCUUCAUUUCUCUCUCUCUAUCGCUGCUUCUCGAAUCGUCUUCUCUUCUGUAUCAUCUUCUUCUUUAAGUGAAAGAUGGCCGACGGUGAGGACAUUCAGCCCCUUGUCUGUGACAAUGGAACCGGAAUGGUGAAGGCUGGUUUUGCUGGUGACGACGCCCCAAGAGCGGUGUUCCCAAGUAUUGUUGGUCGUCCCAGGCACACUGGUGUCAUGGUUGGGAUGGGGCAGAAAGAUGCUUACGUUGGUGAUGAAGCUCAGUCCAAAAGAGGUAUUCUUACUCUCAAGUAUCCAAUCGAGCAUGGUAUCGUAAGCAACUGGGAUGACAUGGAGAAGAUCUGGCAUCACACUUUCUACAACGAGCUCCGUGUAGCCCCUGAGGAGCACCCGGUUCUUCUCACAGAGGCGCCUCUUAACCCUAAAGCCAACAGGGAAAAGAUGACUCAGAUCAUGUUCGAGACAUUCAAUGUCCCUGCCAUGUAUGUUGCCAUUCAGGCCGUUCUUUCUCUCUACGCCAGUGGUCGUACUACCGGUAUUGUGCUUGACUCUGGUGAUGGUGUGUCUCACACCGUGCCAAUCUACGAGGGAUAUGCUCUUCCACAUGCUAUCCUCCGUCUCGAUCUUGCGGGUCGGGAUCUCACAGAUUCUCUAAUGAAGAUUCUCACUGAGAGAGGUUACAUGUUCACCACAACCGCGGAGCGAGAAAUUGUCCGUGACAUAAAAGAGAAGCUUGCUUACGUCGCUCUUGACUACGAGCAAGAGCUUGAGACAGCUAAGAGCAGUUCCUCAGUGGAGAAGAACUACGAGCUGCCUGAUGGACAAGUCAUCACCAUCGGAGCUGAAAGAUUCCGUUGCCCUGAGGUUCUUUUCCAGCCAUCGCUCAUCGGAAUGGAAGCUCCUGGAAUCCACGAAACAACUUACAACUCCAUCAUGAAAUGUGAUGUCGAUAUCAGGAAGGAUCUCUAUGGAAACAUCGUCCUCAGUGGUGGUUCAACCAUGUUCCCUGGAAUCGCUGACCGUAUGAGCAAAGAGAUCACCGCACUCGCACCUAGCAGCAUGAAGAUCAAGGUGGUUGCACCUCCUGAGAGAAAAUACAGUGUCUGGAUCGGAGGAUCUAUCCUUGCAUCCCUCAGCACUUUCCAACAGAUGUGGAUCUCGAAGGGAGAGUACGAUGAGUCGGGUCCAUCGAUUGUCCACAGGAAAUGCUUCUAAGGUUCUUCUCUUGUUCGUGGUGGUGAGUUUGUUACCAAUCUAUUUCCCUAGUUGAGAUGGGAAUUGAAACUAUCUGUUGUUAUGUGGUUGUUUUUUUCUCUUUUUUUGGGUCUCUUUAGAACCUUUUGGAUGUCUCAAGAGUCUCUGUGUACUUUAGUCUUAUCUCUGUUUCUUAUUUCUUCUCUUUAGGAUGCUUGUGAUGAUGCUGGUUUUUUUUGUCCUUAUUAAGCAAAAAAAAUAUCAUAUUAUAUUUGGUCGUUGCUUCGUUUUUGGGUUUUUUUCCCUAUAAAUAUUGUUUGGAUGUCAAUUUUCUUUUUCCCCGUUUGGGAACAAUAUUCAAUUUGUAUGGGGGCAAUUUUUUAAGUAUCAGAUUGCAAUGAA